GCGUGGGGCCGGAAAGGGCGGGCGGAAGGCGGCCUCCGGCCCCGGCCCGGAGCCGUGCUCGCCUGCCCGGGCGGCGGGGCCCGGCCGGGGACGGGCGCGGCCGCGGGGCCUGGGAGUGCCGUGAGGGCCCCGAGCGCGAUCCGGGGACCUCGGGGGCCGCCCGCCCGCCCGCCGACCGCAGGACGGCAGCACGAGCCCGGCGGCGGCGGUGCGGCGCUCCCUCCUCGGUUCGCGCCCCGGCCCCGUGCCCAGCCCGGCAACUUCCGGACUCCCGGGCGGGCAGGAGCCCCGGGGCCGGCAUGCCCGCUGCCCUAACCGCGAACGCGCGGCCGCGGUGCCGAAAGCGGCCGGCCCAGGGUUCCCUCCCUUGCCUGGGGGUGGACCGGCUCAGACUCUUCCAGCCCCCGAAGCAGACCCGGUGUGGGAUCUGGGCCAGAACCCUCUGGCAGUGACUCAAAGCCGCCAGCCGUACUGCAAGGACAGGGUGGACGGCCCCUAGCCUCCUCUCCCUUCUGAACUGGUUCUCACCACCCCACCCCGGCGGCUUCAGGCCCGGCUGCUGUCAUCUUUUCCCUGUGACUCCCCUCCGCUUUGCUUCUCAUACUCCCUCUGGUUUUCCUGCCUCCCUCUUCAGCGGUGGGAUGCAAAGCUGGACCAAGGCCUCCCGGUCUCACGUGAGGUGGACAGGACCAAAGACUGAUAGGAUCCGGAGAGACAAGGGCCUCCUCCAGCACUGGGACACUGCAGACAAGCACUGUGCGGCAGCCAACAGUGGCGAUGACAAACCGCUGUGUCCCGGUCCUGGUGGCCCCAGGCCCAGCACCUGAUGGAGGCUGCCCAGACUGACAAGUGGAAGCAGACGAACCUCUGAGGCACCCUCCCCACACCACAAACACUCAUGGUCCCACCGGAAGUUCUGGACUCUGCUAGAGCCACAUGAAGAGCUCUGCCAUCUGGGAACACAGCCCAGGGCCAGGCCCAGCCCAUGGACCCUUCUCUGGGCAACCGGACGGCACCAGCGGGGCUGCUCUCCUGAGCCACAGAGGGCCUGGACACACGGUCUUCUGGGAGGAGCCAUGGUGUUCAGGAGGGGCAGGGGCAGCUGUUGGUGGUGGCCUGGACUGGGAGUCAGGGGAGGUUGCCCAGGCCCCCUAGGCCUGCUCAGGGCUUCCUUGCUGCUUGUCAGCCUGCCUUUGGGGGCACGGGGAACAGCCAGUGCCAACCUCAGCACAACUGUGAGUCAGACGGUGCCACUGCCAGGGGGCCGAUACUUGAGCAUUGGGGACGGCUCUGUGCUGGAGUUUGAGUUCCCAGAGGAGAGCGAGGGCAUCAUCGUGAUCUCCAGCCAGUACCCGGGCCAGGGCAACAGGACAGGGCCCAGGCCGGUGCUGAAGGUCACCUCCUUGGACACAGAGGUGCUGACCAUCAAGAACGUGAGUGCCAUAACCUGGGGCGGUGGGGGCGGCUUUGUGGUGAGCAUCCACUCAGGCCUGCCUGGGCUAGCCCCACUCCACAUCCAGCUCAUGGACCCCCGUGAGACCCCGCCCAUGCUAAUUGAGGAACGGAGAGAUUUCUGCAUCAAGGUGUCACCUGCCGAAGACACCCCCACCGCCCUCGGCACCGACAUGGUCCACUUCUCGGAGAACCCAAUACUCUACUUGCUCCUGCCUCUUAUCUUUGUCAACAAGUGUUCAUUUGGGUGCAAAGUAGAACUCGAGGUUCUGAAGGGGCUCCUGCAGAGCCCCCAGCCUAUGCUGCUGGGCCUCCUGGGCCAGUUCCUGGUCAUGCCCUUCUAUGCUUUCCUGAUGGCCAAGGUCUUCAUGCUGCCCAAGGCCCUGGCUCUAGGCCUCAUCAUCACCUGCUCGUCGCCCGGCGGCGGGGGGAGCUACCUCUUCAGCCUCCUACUUGGAGGGGACGUCACCCUGGCCAUCUCCAUGACUUUCAUCUCAACAGUGGCUGCCACCGGCUUCCUGCCGUUGUCCUCCGCCAUCUACAGCCAUCUGCUCAGCAUCCAUGAAACCCUCCACGUGCCCAUCUCCAAGAUCCUGGGGACCCUGUUGUUCAUUGCUAUCCCCAUAGCAGCAGGCGUGGUGAUCAAGUCCAAGCUCCCCAAGUUCUCCCAGUUGCUGCUGCAGGUCAUCAAGCCCUUCAGCUUUGUGCUUCUCCUGGGUGGCCUCUUCCUGGCCUACCGCAUGGGGGUCUUCAUCCUGGCUGGCGUCAGGCUGCCCAUUGUACUGGUGGGCCUCACAGUGCCCCUGGUUGGCCUCCUGGUGGGCUACUGUCUGGCCACCUGUCUGAAGCUGCCAGUGGCCCAGCGGCGGACGGUGAGCAUUGAGGUAGGGGUGCAGAACAGCCUGCUGGCCUUGGCCAUGCUGCAGUUGUCCCUCCGGCGCCUUCAAGCAGACUACGCCUCCCAGGCCCCCUUCAUUGUAGCACUGAGCGGCACCUCGGAGAUGCUGGCCUUGGUGAUUGGCCACUUCAUCUACAGCAGCCUGUGCUCAGUCCCCUGAGGCCACUGGGUCGAGCUUUCACCACCCCUCGCCCCCCAGCCUCCAGCCACUGUCCCCACAGUUCUUGUGUACCAAAGGCCUUCAGCUCUCAUGCACUAUGCACUCAGACGAAACGAAAAAAUCCAGGCUUAUUUUUUUUACUCGUUUUUUAUUCUCCAGCUUUCAGUGCCAAAGAGGCCAUGCUGAGUUAGGUAGGUGGGCACUGCUCAGAAAAUAUAUUUCAAUAAAAGAGAGAAGCAA